CAAGACCAUCACCGCCGGCUGAGCGGCACCGCAUAUCCCUCCCUACCAGGUGAAUAUAUCAUUACAACUCCCAAUUUUCUGAAGACAGAGCAAAAUUGCUGAAAAAUCGAAAUGGGGGAAGACUUGAUUAGAAAUCUACCAUCAGAAGUCAUAUUAGAUAUCCUCUCAAGACUCGAUGCUUGGACCGCUACGAGGGGCAAGUGUGUUUGUAAGCUAUGGCUCGAUUGGCUCACUACUCCCGAAUUUGUCAAGUCCCAUCUUUCUAAAUCAGUCCCUGGCCUCCUUGUGGAGCUUGGACAAUGGACGACCUUUAAAUACAAAAUGGUGGAGUUUGUAGAUGAGCCCGAUCUCAAUUGUUAUCGGAAUCGAUUGAAUACAGUCUUCAAAUUGGACCUCCCUUUUUGCAACCCAAAUCAUCUUCAUAGUUCAAUUAAUGGUUUGAUGCUUCUGAUAGACUUGCGCAAACAUGGCCUUCUCACCCUUUGCAAUCCAAUCACUCGUGAGUAUAUCAAGUUUCGUCGUCCCCAACCACCUCCCCCUGGAAUUCCGUGGGAGAUUUUUGGAUUUGGAUUGAGCAGAAUGAGUGGCCAAUAUAAAGUGGUUAGGAUUUCUGCUGGAAACCCUCGACAAGAACCUUCCAUUUCAAGAUCCGGUGAACUUGAGUGCCAAGUAUACACUGUUGGAUCUGGAUCGUGGAGAAGACUUGCCAAUUGUAUCUGGUCCACACGUUUUCCAUACAAUUUGACAAUGACAUUUUUAUGCGGAAAUCUUCAUUGGUGGACACGUAACGAUGUUUUAGCCCCGAGGCAAAUUUCUCGUCUUGAUCUUGAAACAGAAUUUGUUAGCACCUUUUCUGAUCCUCCUUGUAAUGAUCGUCUCCAAACAUGGUACAAAAGGUACCUAUGUAUUUCAAGUGAUUGCCUAUGUGUAUGCGACGAUGUGGGAAUGGAGAUUGAUGUGUGGGUUAUGAAGGUGUACGGAGAUGAAGCAUCUUGGACAAAAGAGGUCACCAUCUGCAAAGUUGAUAUCGUCGACGUCUAUCAUAUAACAGAAGUUUACCCCAUCAUCGAAGUUUUCAGAAAUGGGGACAUUCUCAUGUUAUGGAAAGUGACCAAGCCAUUAUAUUAUUAUUAUUACUCCGUCUCUACCAAAACUAUCAAAAAAGUUGACUGGUUUGAUUUGGAGCGCCACGUGCUCUACCGGAUAGCGCAUUACACCCCGAGCUUUCUUUCUCUCAGAAGUUUUGCUACUGAGAAUGUAACUUUAUUCUGAUGUGCGACCACAGAUUUCUUAUGAUGAUAUGUGCAUGGCUGGGAGAAGAAGGAUUCUGUUGUCCUAAAGGACUACAUGUGUGGCUAGUGUUGAUUUGAUUUUCAUUCUAGUUAGUUAGUUAGUUAGUUAGUUAGUACUACUACUAAGGAUAGGGUGUGACUGUGAGAGACAUGAAAUUAAUUAUUUCUUAGGCUUCUUGUUGAAGGUAUCAAUAUUGGUUUAACA